GUAAGAUUGGACAUGAUUUGAAAGAAAGGAUGUGAGAGGAUACUUCCAAGUCAUCCCUUCAUGGAGAUGGGAAAUCCCCAAAUGUUAGAGGGGCUCAGGACCAGCAGAACACAGGGAUACACUCAUAUGGAAAAAAGUGCUAGAAAAACUCCCCUCCUACAAACUUUCCAUAGGCAUGAAGGUCAAUUCAUUGCAGUGGGGGAAACUUCUCUCUUGGACUAUACCAUACUACAUGUUAUUGAUGACGUGAAUAUGUGCAGCUAUGACAAACGGGAUAAACAGCUUGUGGUCAAAGAAUCCUGGAUGUCUCUAGCAUUAGGGGAAGAAUUUCUUAAGCAUAAGCCCAAAGUGAUCACAGAAAGUGAAAUGUAUUUCCAAUUGGCCUUCAGGUUAUUAUCAAAGAAUUACACCAAGAGCCACAAGAAUCAUACCAUCCAGAUUUUGGCAAUAUGUGAGUUGGACAGGGACAUCGAGGUGAAAAGCCAAAUCUGCAUUGCCUUGGAUGGGGAGGAUUUCUUUCAGGUAGAUAAUCAAGUUGACCAUUGGGUUUUCAUGAUGAAGCCUGUGGCAAAACAACUCAAAUCCCUAGUAGAAAGAUUCUGGAGAGAUCUGAGGAAACAUUCCAUGGAGCAAUACUGUGUCACCACAAUGAGGAAAAUCCUGCAGUACUCAAGAAUGAAGGACGAUGUACCUCCGGAGGUGGCUGUGUCCCACCGCGAUUCUCUGAAUGGAAACAUCACUCUUUCCUGCUUGGCCACAGGCUUCUACCCUCGAUCCAUCCAGCUAUACUGGGAGAAGAAUGGGCGACUGGGAGUGUGGGGGCAAGAGAGGUCCAGUGGCAUUCUGCCCAAUGCUGACGCCACCUUCUACCUCCAAGUCACCCUAGAGAUCCCUCUGAGGGACACCUACACAGAUUAUACCUGUGUGGUGGAGCACAGUGCCCUGGAAAAACCAGUUAUAUGUCCUGUCCCUGUGAAACCUAUCCCUACAGGGAUACCUUGGGCCAAGGCCCUGGGCAUCCCGCUAGCCUUCAUCCUAGUGCUGAGCUGUGCUGGAGCCUUCACUGCAUGGAAGAAGAAGAAAACAGAUGUGUAUGUGUGGAGAAAGGAGGGGAAAAAAUCAGCUUCUCAAGUACAAAGAGAGAAAGGGAAGAGGGAGAGAGAUCACAAUGAGUGAGGACAUGUGAUCUCACAGGGGUCUUAAGGAGAAAAGCCCUUUGUAAACAGAAAGAUGGACUCUGAGAUGGAAGGGAUAUUGCAGGCCUCCUACUCCUUUGGGUACAGUUUUCCUGCAAAAUGUCCAAAUAGCUCCAGUUGAAAAACUUCCAGUGCCAGGGAACCCAUUAGUGUCUCUCCUUCCCUCCACAAUCUAGCUUAUAUUUGACUAUUUUGGUGGAAAUUUUUUAAAGUCUUUUUAUAUAUGUUGUUUUUACAUUGCAAACAUUUCAUAUAUAAAUAACUUCAUGAAAGGUUGGUUGUAACAAAGUAUAAUGGUUAAAGUAAAAUGAAUAAUACAAUGAUCUCAUCUAAAAGUUCAUGUAAUAUUUCCCUUUUGUAAUAAUCGCCCUCUUUAUU